AUGGUUUCAUCAAGCAGAAAGAGUUGGAGAAAUAUGCUGACUGUUUUGUUCUCACUACUCAAUAUAACACGAGUUGAACCAUAUCCAAGUCACAUUAUUAUCAAAUCAUUUGGUAAUAAUGAAGAAGUAUCGAGAGUUGCUCUUAAAGCAAUGGAAUACACAUCAGAUCAUAUCAAUUCUAGAGAUGAUGUUCCUUUUAAACUAGCUUUCGAUCAUCGAGUUGUUGAAGAAGGAGCUGCAGUUUCAUGGAAUAUGGUAAACGCAGUUUGCGAUGAAUUAAAAGAAGGAGCAAUGACAUUACUCUCAAGUGUAGAUGGAAAAGGAAUCGAAGGAAUUCGAGGAGUUUCUGAUGCACUCGAGAUGCCUCUUAUAUCAUUAACUGCACCCACAAAUGAUGAACAACAACAGUUUGCAAGUCUUCAUCUUCCAUCUCUAUGGAGACAUCUUCGUACUCGAACGAAUACUUCUGUGAAAGCAUCAAUGUUUGAUUUACCUGCAGAUGAAACACAAUUUGAAACAUAUCUGAUGCAAUUCAAUAUGAUGAGAAAUAAUGAAACAAACAGGAUUUUAAUAGACUGUGCAUCUCCGAAACGACUGAAAAAACUUUUGAUCAAUAUUCGUUCCGCACAAUUCAAUCAAGCAAACUAUCAUUAUGUUCUUGCGAAUUAUGACUUUCUACCGUAUGACCAAGAAAUGUUCCAAAAUGGAAAUAUCAAUAUUUCUGGAUUCAAUAUAAUCAACAAAGAUGGAAGAGAAUACUGGUCAUUGAAAAAGCAUCUGAAGACGUCGACAUCUCUGGGAGGAGGUGAUGAUGUGAGUGUCGAAGCUGCAGUUGGACAUGAUGCAAUGUUGGUGACGUGGCACGGAUUUGCAAAAUGUCUUCAGGCAAAUGAUUCCUUAUUUCAUGGGACAUUCAGACAUCGUCGGUUUUUCAAUCGGGGAUUUCCAGGAAUUUACUGUGAUCCACUCUCUGAUCGUUCUCAUCCAAAUCGUCCAUUUAGUUCCUUCGAACAUGGCAAAACCAUCGGAGUUGCAUUUCGAAAUAUGCAAAUCGGAGCGAAGGAAGGCACUUUGACUGGAAAUAUCGAGUUUGAUCGUUUUGGAAAUCGUAAAAACUUCGAUGUCUCGAUUGUUGAUUUAGUUUCAAAUACAAAAGCAACUUUCAAUUCAAAAGAAAUUCUUGCUUGGCGUCAAGGUGUUGGAUUCUUUUCGAAUCGGACUGUGGCUCAACAUUCAAGAAAGAGUCAAAGUGAUCACAAGGACAAUCAAGUGAUUGUACUCACAAACUUAGUCGCUCCGUUUGUUAUGAUAAAAAGAGAAUGCGUUGAAAUGGCAAAUCUGACAGAGUGCCAAGGAAAUAACAAGUUUGAAGGAUUUUGUAUUGAUCUGUUGAAGCUAUUGGCUGAUAAAAUCGAAGGGUUCAACUAUAUAAUCAAGUUAGGAACAAAGGCGGGAUCAAAACAGCCAGAUGGAAGUUGGGAUGGUAUGAUUGGAGAACUUCUGAAUGGAAACGCCCAUGCUGUGGUUGCUUCUUUAACAAUCAAUCAGGAGAGAGAACGUGUCGUAGAUUUCUCAAAACCAUUCAUGACAACAGGAAUUUCAAUUAUGAUCAAGAAACCGGACAAGCAAGAGUUUUCAGUUUUCUCAUUCAUGCAGCCGCUCAGUACCGAAAUUUGGAUGUACAUCAUUUUUGCUUAUAUUGGGGUAUCCGUUGUGAUAUUCUUAGUUUCAAGAUUCUCACCGUAUGAAUGGAGAGUUGAAGAAACAUCAAGAGGGGGAUUCACAAUUUCAAAUGAUUUCUCAGUUUACAAUUGCUUGUGGUUCACUUUGGCAGCUUUCAUGCAACAGGGAACUGACAUUUUACCAAGAUCAAUCUCGGGACGUAUUGCAUCUUCUGCUUGGUGGUUUUUCACUAUGAUUAUAGUUUCUUCUUACACUGCCAACUUAGCCGCUUUUCUGACGCUUGAGAAAAUGCAAGCUCCAAUAGAAAGUGUCGAGGAUUUAGCGAAGCAAACGAAAAUAAAGUACGGAAUUCAGGGAGGUGGAUCGACCGCUUCGUUUUUCAAGUACUCAUCCGUUCAAAUAUAUCAAAGAAUGUGGAGAUAUAUGGAAUCUCAAGUUCCUCCAGUAUUUGUUGCUAGUUACGCAGAAGGAAUAGAAAGGGUUCGAAGUCACAAAGGAAGAUAUGCAUUUCUAUUGGAAGCAACUGCAAACGAAUAUGAGAAUACACGAAAACCAUGUGAUACUAUGAAAGUUGGAGCUAAUUUGAAUAGUAUCGGAUACGGUAUCGCCACUCCAUUUGGAUCUGAUUGGAAAGAUCAUAUCAAUCUUGCAAUUCUGGCUCUUCAAGAGCGUGGAGAGCUAAAGAAGUUGGAAAAUAAAUGGUGGUACGACAGAGGUCAAUGUGAUGCGGGAAUCACUGUUGACGGGUCAUCAGCUAGUUUAAAUCUUUCGAAAGUGGCUGGUAUAUUCUAUAUUUUGAUGGGCGGAAUGGUCAUUUCAAUGUUAGCUGCUCUUGGUGAAUUCUUGUAUCGAAGCAGGAUAGAGGCACGAAAAUCAAAUUCAAAUUCAAUGGUCGCCAAUUUUGCGAAAAACUUGAAAAGUGCAUUAUCAUCUCAACUGAGAUUGUCAAUUGAAGGAGGAGCAGUAGCACAACCUGGAUCACAAUCACAUAAUGCAAUAAGGAGGCAACAGGUUGCUGCAUUCCUUCCAGCCAAUGAGAAAGAAGCAUUCAAUAACGUGGAUCGUCCUCCAAGCACUCUCUAUAAUACAGCUGUUUGA